AUGUCUCCCUCACCUGUGCCCGGGCCUGGGUCCGACGAUGGAGAAAAUGCCUACGGUAGCACAACAAGUGCGUCUAUGGAAGGAUAUAGCCAGGUUGAUAUCGCAAACCUUCGGCGCAGAUUAAAUGACUUGGGAUAUCCGGUGGCCAGACAGUCGAAUGCUGGGGAGAGUGACUCCGCUUUGCCUCCAGGAAUGAGCUCUCGGGAGAAGGAAUUGUUAGAUAUGGUGUUAUCUCUCAUGACAUCUGUACCUGUUGAUCCUGCGCAGCUGGAGAGACAGGCGGAGACGAUCUCGUCGCUGACUGCACAGCGUGACUUUCUGGUUCGGCAGGCUGUAGUGGACCGCGAGAGAUGGCAGUCUGAGCGGGAGAGCUGGGAGCGCUCUGCAGAGGCUUUAUUGCUGGUCAGGAAUAGACCGAGCAAACCCGAAGACGCAGAACGCAUGCGCAUGUCAUACGAAGCAGAAAACAAAGCUCUGAGAGAUAAAUUGCAUGAGACGCAGCGCCGACAAGCGGCGCUUGAAGCAGAGCUUUUGAAACUUAAACCGAUGCUCCUCAUGCAGCCGUCUCCGAUAUCGCGACUAGACAAGGGCAAAGCUAAAGAGGCGCAACCUAAAUACCAAGUGGAAUUUGUCGAGCAGGGGCUAAAUCAAACACAACACAACGCCCUUAAAAAACAAUUAGCUGCUAAAGCAGCAGCUAGCGCUCACGCUACAGCGUCAACUUCAAAGGCCCCCGAUGCAUCCACGACUCCCACCGGUGCCGCUGCAACCAAUGCAAAUGCAGAUUCCAAUCAACAGCGGCCCCGAGACCCCAAAUCGCAACCCAAAAAAACUGGGCCUCCAUUAAUGUCCGACGCCUACAGCGAGCACUUACUCCUCGCCGCAAAAAGACUUGGUCGGAAACGUGUCGCGUUUAUCACAGGCUACAACCUGCAGGUUGAGAAGGAGGCACUCGCACAGGAGCAGGAGCAGGCGCGCGCCCAACAGGAGCUGGAAAGGGCGGAGCAGGAACGUAUGGCCAACGGUGCGAUGGCUCCAUACUAUCGCACAGGUGCUGAGGCGUCGACGUCUGCUUCUACAGUGGGAGGGAUGCCUGCGGCGAGCCCGUUGCGCGUGCCGCAUAUCAUCCCAGUAAUUGGUAACUCCCCGUUGCGCACGCCGAAGAGGGGCGGUAUCCACUUUUCGAACUUCGCUUCAGCUCAGAACAAUCUCGCUGCGCCUCCAGAGACACCUUUGGUGUAUGUCAAUGCGGACCCGGUGACGCGGUCACCGUGGGCCGGCAGCGGGGUAAUGGGCACGCCGAGGCAGAUCAAGGCGACAAUGGGGCGGCAGAACGGGCGUGCUACAACCACAACAGCGACAGCCACACCGGCAACCGACAAGGCGUCCGCGAGCAACCCGCCUACUCCUCUUGCAUCGCUUCUGGAUGCGGCACUCUUGAUCGACGGCGAAGGGAGCACCACGAGCAAGCUACGGGGUAAUAGUAAGGCCAAUGGAAAGGGGCGUGCGAUGGAUGAGCCGGAGAGUCCUUUGCCUCCACAAAAAAGGCGACGGGUGUCCGCUUCUGCGGGAGCGGGUAAUGGCAAGGGGAAUGUGGGGCAGGGCAAGGGACUGGAACGUGUGAGAACCGCACUUGAUGUGCUGGCGGAUCAAGCUGAUCAGGCGUCCGCUGCAUUCAUCGACGCGGAUCAAUCUGAGAGGCGGGGUGCGUCCUCGUUGGCUAAUUCGAAUAAUGCAGGGAAUAAGGGCAAGGGCAAGGCGCGGGAGCGGCAUUCAACAGAGGAACGCGCGGAAGAGCGGAAUGGCGAGGUAGAGGCCGGGCUGGGCAGGGGCAGAGCGACGCGGCGCGAAUCUGCGAGGAGCAUCAUUCCGCCGUCGCAGAUGUCUGUCAUAUCAACACGACCUGUUCGCCAGGCUUCGCGGAGACGCGCGGUGUCGCCACCUGUUCAGCAGCCCGGGUCGUCUAGCUCGGCAUCAUCCGCGCGGGGCAUGGCGAGGACGCGAGGCCGCACGAAGGCCACUUCGAAUACCACCACAACUCCCACCAGCGGCAGGCCGCAGCGCGGGAGGGUGGACAGCGAGGUGGGGUCGAUGCGGAUCAUUUCUCCUCCUGGGUCCCGUAUCAUCUCUCCUCCUGGCCCGCGAGUGAUUGCGCCAGGUCCGGGAUACUCCCCACUGGAUGAGGCGAUCGCGCUGUCAUCCUCGAGAGCGGCAGGCAAAGCGCCGGAGAGGGAAAGGGAAAGGGAACGGCGGAGUGAGGAACAUGAAUACGAGCGCGACUAUACGCCGCGGCAUCCCGCGCAGUCUCAACGCCAGCCACAACACCAAACCCAACCGAAUGAGCCAAAGAUUGGGGGUCUACGUCCCGUUGUCGCGUGGGGUCAGCGGGCCAGACCAAGCUCUUUUCAUUCUGGUUCUUCGCCUGUGCGUGGGAGCGACCGACGGCCCCCUGUGCCACCGCCGCGAGACACCCACGACCGCAAUGAUCAUGAUAACGACGACGAGGACGAGGACGAGGACGAUGUUGAUGAACUUGACGACGAUAAAAAUGACGACGGCGGCGAAGGUGCGACGGAGGCUGGGAGGGUGUCGGAGCCCUCUGCGUCUGUUGUUGCUGCUGCUGCUAUUUCUGUAGAAGAACCUGUGAACGAACCUUUACCUGAACCCGUGCCAAUAUCUGCUGAGCGUACGCCUAUACCUGCAUCAGAGCGUAUAUCUGUCGAGCCCAACCCCACACCUACUCCCGCCGCAUUUAUGCCUGCUGAAUCUACACCUGCACCCGAACCUGUUUUUGUUGAACCUACACCUACAUCUAUGCCUGUUGAAACUGCACCAACGACCGAAUCUACGUCGGAUGAGCCUACAUCCACACCCGAGCCGACAUCUACCAAGUCUGCACCAAUUGUCGAGUCAGUUUCUGUUGAAAAUGCAUCUAUAAGGGGGACUUCGUCCCGAGAUACACCUAACACCUGGGUAGAACCCCAAACACCUAUGGGAGUUGAUGAUGCCCCACCAGAUCCUGCGACAUUAGCAAAUGGACAUGUAAUAAACGACAUACAAUACGUGUCUCCUCUUCUCCCGUCAUCAUCAUCUUCUGUUGACGUUCAGCCUACCGCUCACUCACACACGGAUGACGUUUAUAUGAAGGAUCCUGAACCUACCAUAGACGAAGACGCGGACGCUGAGGCUGAUAUCGAUGCAGACGAUGAUCAAGACGCGGAAGGCGAACAGGAAGAUGAUGAAGAAAAUGACGAUGAUGUUGUUUCAACGAAACCUUCCAGGUCAAGGUCUCCACCACCGCCAGAUCCACCACCGCCUGGUCCAAGUGGUGGAUCGUCGCCUGGACCUGGCCAGGAUGAUGAACAUGACCCAGAUGCUGACGCCGAAGGAGAAGUCGAAUUCGAGGAUAACGAAGAUCAUUCUGGUAGUAUUGAUAAUGCGCUUUCGACAUCACAUCGAGGAGCGACGACGCAUGCCUUGAGCAACGUACACCAUACCCAACGUCCGACUAGCCCCUAUUCCAUCACUGUAAACCCGAAAUCCACGUGCACUGCGUCCAGAGAGCAUACUGUUUCCGGUUUAUCGGACACCCUCAAUACCGCAGCUCUAGGCUUGAUUAUCUCGGUACUCACUAAUAUACCUGCCAAGCUUGACCCAAAGCGUGGCUGGCGCGCGCACGAAUCGCGCUUUCGCAUGUUUCCGGCCAAAAGAGCAAACAAAAUUUCGUUCAAAUGGAGAAACUCCAAUGGUGCUCGACUCGGGCAGACCAGCUUUCCGGGCGAUUAUGCGCGUUUGACAAAUCCAUCUCUCUCCGAUUCGAGUUCCUCUAACACGGCCGCGCUUCUGAGACCUCCUACAAUCAACAUCAGGCUAUCGUGCGGUGCUCCUCCUGUCAUCAUCCCUUCCCUCGAAGUUGUUUCGUGA